AUGGUGACGCCAAAGAAGGAAGAACCGCAAGAUUCGCCCGAAGAGGUAACGAGUUCCCAUUAUCAGGCGAGGAGUUUCCAUUUUGGUUCAUCGAGUACUCAUGGAGAUGCCGAACCUUCCACUUUGAUAAAGGAUGGAGACGACACAAUGAAGUUAGAAGAUGAAGACGAUGACAUGCAAGAAGAUCAUCCAAAUACGCUUGAAUAUGUCGAUGUCUUGAUGAGAAAUGGUUGUACUGCAUUAGAACAAGACGACACUUUUACAGCCGUCAAAUGUUUCAGUCGUGCCUUAGAAAUCCGGGUAGCUCAUUUCGGAGAGCUUGAUCGCUAUAGAUAUAAUGCAUAUUAUUACUAUGGAUAUGCAUUGCUUCGUCAUGCUCGAGCUGGUGCAAAUGAAGAUGGUUUAAAGGAGGAAGAAAAUGAUGAAAUUGAUACUGAUGAUACACCUAGUAACGAUGAGGAAGAAACUGACCUGGAUUUGGCAUGGAAACUACUCGAGAUUGCAAGGAUAAUUUCUGAGAAACGACCAACUAAGUCCAUUAAUAACGUGUAUAUUAUGUGUGCACUGGGUGAAGUUAAUUGUUAUAGAGGUUUGCUUCCUGCUUUGUGCAACUUUCUGAAUUCAGAUGAAAUCAAUCCCCUACUCAUAUAUUUUAUCCUCAUUCCUCUUGCAGGUGAAGAAGUUGUUGACGCUUCUACCAUUUCACACCAAUCUGAGAAUUCAAAUUCCAUCAGUAAAUUAGAGAAAAAUAUUGCCACACUCCGUGACUACUCUAUAAUGCUGGAAUAUAAGAUAAAAGAACUUUCUGAGAAUCAUAAGAUACCUAGAGCUAACCUUGAUGAAGCAACUGGUGCAUUAUAUAGCAAGGUGAAACAAGUUGAGGAGAAUGUUUCCACCAGUAAUAGUACUAGUACAUAUCUCCAAGUAAGACACCUUGGUAAAGUGGGUGGAUCUGUGAAGAAGAUUAGUGCUGGCAUGUACUCAGAUUCAAUCCAAUCAAGUUCCUCCAAAAAACGCAAAUUGGGAUAA